AUGCCCGAGAUAACUGUCACUGUCAAAUGUUCUAAUGACCAAAAAUAUAGCGUGAAGAUAGACACCUCUAAAACUGUACUAGAAUUUAAGAAUGCUAUUGCUGAACAAAGCAAUACAGCCGCAGAUAGACAAAGGUUGAUAUAUUCUGGAAGAGUAUUGAAGGAUAAUGAUACUCUCGAUACAUACAAGAUAACCGAAGGCCACACCGUACAUAUGGUGAGAAGUCAAGCUACCACUAGUAAGUAUCCAAAAUACUGUAGCCAUGAGAGUAAUAAUAGUACAAAAUAUCUUAACGACUCGGCUUGUCACGAUAUCAAAAUAAUAUUAUUCUUUUAUCGAUCUUGGGAAGUUCAUUGCAAGAUUUCACUUUAUUCAUGUCCUUCUAUCUCUUGUACAUUAUUAUUUAAUGAUCCAGAUACUUCUCAAACAUCGUCACGAACUACAACACCCCCCGCAACGACUUCGGAGAAUCCCCCACCAACAACACAACCGAGUGUUCCCCCCUCUACGCUCCCUGCAACGAAUCCAUUCGGUCAAUUAGGAUUGGGUUUUAACGGUUUAAAUCAAAAUCCAUAUGGCCUCGCAAAUCCGAUGAUGAUAGAACAGAUUCUUCAGAAUCCGGUCAUGAUGCAACACAUGCAACAAAUGAUUCAGGAUCCGACAUUUAUCGAGAAUAUGAUUGCCAUGUACCCAAAUCUCGCGCAGGUAGCGCCUCAGCUUAGACAAAUGUUGCAGGAUCCAGAAGUUUUGUCAUUGAUGUCAAAUCCCGAAACGCUUCGGAUGGCCGCAAUUCAAUCAAUGAUGGGACCGGGUCCCUUCACUGGCGGAGUCCCUGGAUCGACCACUCCAGCAACAACCACUAAUAAUAAUCAAACGACUACUCCUAAUCUUUCUUCAACGACGCCCAAUGCCGGUACUACUACUCCCAUUACACCAGCGAAUAAUCCACUCUUUUACGGUCUUUUUAAUCCUUCCGCAACUUCUCAAACUGGCACGGGAACUAAUCCCGCACAACCUCCUGUUAUGCCACUGUUCGAUCCAGCAUUGCUAUUUGGUGCUUUUGGUUCGACCACACCAGCUGCACCUCAAAUACCACCGGAAGAAAGAUUUCGAGCUCAACUUCAACAGUUAAAUGAAAUGGGAUUUUAUGAUACUCCGAAAAAUAUCCGUGCAUUACAAGUGUGUCAAGGAGACGUUAACUUAGCCAUCGAGCGACUGCUGGACCCUUCAUUUAAUUGA